CUAAAAAUCCUAAAAAUCGAAAAAUCGAGCAGUUGUUACUGGCAGAUGCAUUUUUGACACGAUCAUACAUCUCAAUAUGUCUGGGUUUCUUGGAAGAUGCAAUCUUAAAUUGUAAACAGGCUAUUAGAAUUCUUAAUAGGAUGAUUAGGCAUAUUAAUGCAAUUAAUGUCUUUCAUGGCCAAAGUUCCUUUCAAGGAAUAUUAUCACCAUCACCAUCUGCACAAAGCCGGCAAUGGCGCCUAUCUAAGGAAGCUGAUUGUUGCUUCAAAGAAGGAAUGCUGUUGAUUAAAGAAACAAAAGCCUGCACAGCUAUGAGUUGUUUUUUAUUAAACCUUGCUGAGCUGGAAUAUCACAGACAAUUUUGGAAAAAAAGCGAAGAAAACUUAAAUGAGGCUAUAGAGUAUCAAAAUAAAGCGGAAAUAUAUCCUAAAGAAGAAGUUUUAGCAAAAUUGAUUUUUGGUGAUUUUAAAUAUCAUGAAGGCAAUUAUAAAUAUCAAGAGGAUGAUUCCAACCAUCAAAUACAUUGUUAUAAUCUGGCACUUGAAUAUUAUAAUGAUGCAAGUCAUAUUUUGAAGAAUAUAAUGGAGAAGGAAUAUAUUUCCAAUAUAGAACCCUUUGACAUAAGCAACAAAAUUUUAAUUUCUAUGACACCAAAAUCUAAAAAUGAUAGUGAAGGAACAGUCCAAUAUGAAUGUUUUUCACUUGAAUACUUAAAAGCAAGAUUGUUUCGACAUCAAGGCUUAUUGUUGAGUAAAUAUGGGGAAUUUGAAAAAGGCUUGAGAUUGAUAGAAAAUGGAAGGUUUUUAAAUCAACCUUGUCUAGAGAAGGCAUGUUGCGCAGAGUAUCAAUAUUUAUUAGGCAAAGUUAAAUUAAUGGAAAUUAAUAAUAAAUUAAAGAUUAAUAACCAAAUGAUUUUUGAUAAUAUACAAGAUUCCGUACUCUCUUUACCAUCAUUUGGAAAAAAUUCAAAUAAAAAACAACAUAAUAUCAAUCAAAAUUAUUUUCCAGAUAAUUUUUUAGAGGAGAUUAAUAAAGCAAUCGAUUAUUUGGUAAAAGUUUAUGAUCUAAUAUAUGAAUGCGGACCUACACAUUUGUUACAAGAAGCUUCCCUAUGUAUUGUUAAGGCAAAUUUGUUAAAUGCUUACUGCUAUAACAAAUUUUCUGAUCAAUUAGAAAUUGCGACCAAAUGUGCAUAUUAUUUGGAAAUGACUAAAGCACUUACUGUUAAAAGGGAGUUUAUUACAAUCUUGAACGAGAAAGCAAUAAAAUUACCUUUAAAAUAUAAUGAUAAUGAAAGAUGGCCUCAAGCAGAAACAUCAUAUCAAAAAUUUUUAAAAGAUUUAUUGAAGAGAUACAAAGAAGAAUCAUCAUUAACAUAUCAUCAAUUUCAAAGAGAAUUUAUAGACAUUAUACCUUCUCAAUGGACUGUGUGUUCAAUUACUGUCGAUAUUGAAAAUAAUGAGCUAUAUAUUUGUCGCUUUUGUCAAAAAACAUCACCAUUAUUGUUACGAUUGCCUUUGAAACGACAAUCUGGAGAAUGUGGUGGAUUUUUGUAUAAUGACGUGAUUAGAAAAUUUAAUCAAAUCAUGGAUUUAUGUGAUCAGAGCAUGAAAUUUGAUAAAAAAUGUAUGAAUAAACAAGAAAAGUCGCAGUGGUGGAAUGAAAGAAAGGCAUUGGAUGAUAGAAUGAAAACCUUACUUGAAAAUAUCGAGGAUUGUUGGUUAGGCGGCUUUAAGGGCAUAUUAAUGGCAGAUACAGACAAUGAUCCUAAACGACUUGCUAAUUUCAAAGAAAAGAUGGAUAAAUUAGCACUAAAAAAUGAAAUAUGUAGUCAAACUUUUGGUAAACAAUCAACAAAAAAGAAAAUUGAUCUUCAUGUAGAAUUGUAUAGAUCUUUUCUUCGUUUAGGACCAAAUGCAACAGAUCGAGAUAUUCAAGAUAUUAUUUAUUUUCUGGUUGACAUAUAUAACAAAAAUAAUGAUCAACAAAUCGGAUAUGACGAGGUUGAUUGGGAUCAGCUUACUGUUGAUAUAAUAAAUGCACUAAGUGUUAAUGCAAAUUUUAAUGAUUCAAAAUCUGAUGAUCAGCAUGUUAUUUUAAUUUUGGACAAGUAUGUUCAAAUGUUGCCAUGGGAAAGUUUUCCUUGUUUACGAAAUCAAUCAGUUUCUCGAUUACCCUCAAUUUCAUUUUUAAGAGAUCGAAUUCUGUCAAUGAAACGUCAAAAUAUUAAUAAUUCAAGUAACAAUGAAAAAUAUUUUAUUGAUCCACAAAAAACGUUUUACAUUCUUAAUCCGAGUCAAGAUUUAGAGAAUACACAAAAAAAAUUUGAAGAUUUUGUUAAAAGUUUCGAAGGAUGGAAUGGUGUGAUUUGUCGUCAACCAUCUGAACAAGAAUGUAAAAAUGCGUUGAGUAACAAUGAUCUUUAUAUUUACAUUGGGCAUGGAACUGGAGAACAAUAUAUUAAAAGAAGUAUUGUAAAACAAAUAGAUAAUUGUGCUGUGGCUUUAUUGAUGGGUUGUAGUAGUGGUACUUUGAAAUUAGAAGGCGAAUUUGAUCCUUUCGGAUCAUCACUUAAUUAUUUGAUUGCAGGAUGUCCUGCGUUGGUUGCGAACCUAUGGGAUGUGACUGAUAAAGAUAUCGAUAGGUUUAGUAAAGCUUUAUUUCAUGAAUGGAAUUUAAAACCAAAUCAUGAAUUAGAUAAUGUAAUUGGGAAUGAUACAAAAAAAAUUGAUGUAUCGUUAGUUAAAGCUGUUUCAGUCGCAAGAAAAGAGUGUAGAUUAAAAUUUUUGAUCGGGGCAGCACCUGUAAUUUAUGGUGUACCUGUUUACUUAAAAUGA